GUUGAACCAUGGCCGUUAGUGAUGUUUAGGUAGCGCCUUAUGUUUAUUUUCAAGAAAAGUACCUGUAUUCCUCAGUUUAAGUAGUGUUUAUGUUUUUUUGUACGAGAUGGCCAUUAUGACCGUCAAAUUCAUAUUUGCAACGUUGUGUCUUCUGUUCCUGGCUACAGCCCAAAGAAUGCGUGAGCAAGAGUCCUGCCCACGCCAUUGGUUGUCAUUUCAAGAUUCGUGUUACAGGUUUAUUAAAUCCCCACUUCGUUCACGCAAUGAUGCCAGAAGAAACUGCCAGGCAUAUGAUGCAGAUCUUGUAAGUGUAAGCAACCUAGAAGAACAUGGGUUUCUGGUGCAUCAGCUCGUUAUGCAAGAUCCACAACACCGUCGCUGGUAUACGAGUGCACGGCAGCAGAGCCCAGACUACUGGGUUAAUGAUGGUGAUAAUAGUCAGGUGAUCAAUAUGGAUGCUGCUUUUCUGCCAGAACAGGAAUCAACCUUCAAUAAAGACUAUCUUGUAUAUAGCUUUUCCAACCAGUUGAAACGAUGGGGUUUUGAGAAAGUUGAUGGUGAAGAACCACUUUUGUUCAUUUGCGAAGCUCCAAGAGCUAGCCUGAGUUACCUUGUUGUAGAAGAUCGCACUUUUACAUAUGGAGUGGAAGUAGAAGAUCCAGAAAAGGUGCCACGUGGUCCAUUUUUUAAAAGGCAGCCACAUGAUGUCGUUUUUGAUUUAUCAAAGAGAUCUACUUUGAAUGAUGUCACUUUAAGUUGCCUUGCUGGGGGUUACCCAACACCAACAUACGAAUGGUUCAGAGAAGACUAUGAGAAUGAUCGCUUAGUGGCAAGGAAGAUUGACCCUCUAAGUGACAGACGAUAUACUAUCAGUGGCGGUGCUUUGAUAAUUUACGAUCCCAAAAUGAUUGAGGACAGAGCUUCGUACCAUUGCAAGGCAACAAAUAUGUUUGGUACCAUCAUGUCUGAAAGUGUGCAGCUGUCUUUUGGUUUUAUUGGUGAAUUUAACCUCAAACGCUCACCAGAAACUGGAAAUCAGAAUUGGGGCAAAACUGUUUUUUGUGAUCCUCCACAAUUUUUUCCUGGUGUUAAUUAUUACUGGGCUCGAGAUUACUUCCCGAAUUUUGUUGAAGAAGAUAAAAGAGUAUUUGUUUCAUACGAUGGAGCACUAUAUUUUUCAGCCCUCGAAAAUAUUGAUCGUGGUAAUUACAGCUGCAGUGUACAAAGCAAAGUGUCAGAUAAGGGAAGGACUGGACCUUUCUUUCCACUCCGUGUUAAUCCAAACUCAAACUAUCAGCAGUUGAAAUUUCCUAACAACUUCCCAAAGGCUUUCCCGGAGGCACCUGUUGCGGGACAAGAUGUACGUUUAGAGUGUGUUGCCUUUGGAUAUCCAGUUCCUUCAUACAACUGGACAAGGCGGGGUGCACACUUACCUCGUGGGGCUGUGCUGUCCAACUACAAUAGAGUGCUGACAAUACCUCGUGUCCAAGUUGAAGAUCAAGGAGAAUAUGUAUGUCAUGUUCACAAUGACCGAGCAUCAAUUGACAACGGUGUCAUACUUACAAUACAAGCUGAGCCAAACUUUACAAUACCAUUGGUUGACAGACACAUGGAUAAAAAUUCAGACUUGACUUGGACUUGUGAAGCAUUUGGAAUACCAGAUGUCACAUACAGCUGGUUAAGGAAUGGUGAACCUCUGGACGUUGAGAAACUACCAGGAGAAGAUCGUGACCGGUACAGAAUUGUUGACAAUGUCUUGACAAUUAAGAAUCUCGAUCCAGAUCGUGAUCAAGCUAUGUACCAAUGCAAAGCCAGGAAUCAGCUUAAAGCCAAGUACUCUACAGCUCAGCUGCGUAUCUUAUCUCUGAAACCAUCAUUUAAAAAACGGCCACUUGAGCCAGAAACAUAUGCAGCAGAAGGGGGAAACAUCACUAUUAACUGCAAUCCAGAAGCAGCUCCAAGGCCAAGUUUUGUAUGGAAGAAAGACAGCUCUCAGAUUGGAUCUGGAGGCCUCCGUGAAAUUUUGAGGAAUGGUGAUCUUCUGAUACGUUCCGUAUCUCGUAAUGAUGAAGGCCUGUAUACUUGUAUUGCCGAGAAUGAGUAUGGCGUGGCUGAAAGCACAGGAAGGCUAAUUGUUCUUCGUGGUCCACACUUUAUUCAAAAAAUGGUUCCCGUAGCACACACUGCCGUGGAGCGUGACAUGGAACUGCGAUGCCAGGCAGUUGCAGAGGAAAUACUUGAUGUCGCUUAUAUUUGGACUCAUAAUGGGCUUCGUAUUAGAGACUCCGACCCAAGUGCAACUCGAAUGCAUAUUAAAGGCAAUGUUUUGGAUAUUCGAAACAUAUCUUUUGCUGAAGGCGGUGACUAUGAGUGUAUUAUAAAGAGUGCUGUUGGAAGGAUUGCUUCUAAAACCCAUCUUAUUGUUGAAGGACCUCCAGGCCCACCAGGUGGAGUCCAGGUAACAGACAUAAAGAAAACAUCAGCAACUAUUCAGUGGACAGAUGGAGCUACAAAUGGCAAUCCAAUAUUGCACUACACAAUUUCGGGGCGUACAAGAUGGAAUAACACGUGGAUGAAUCUUUCUCAAAAUGUAGAAGCAAAAGAAGUUUAUCUUUACAAUGGCCGUAAAGAAGCUACAGUGGAAAAUGUUCUGUCACCCUGGUCUGGCUAUGAAUUUAGAGUAUCGGCUGCAAAUGCUCUCGGUUAUGGACCUCCAUCUGCACCAUCACCUAUUUACAACACACCUGCUGAUGUUCCUUACAAAGCACCAUCAAAUGUUGGAGGUGGUGGUGGGAAAAUUGGUGACCUGACCAUCACAUGGGAUCCAUUGCCACCUCAAGAUCACAAUGGUCCUGGCAUAUACUACAAGAUUUUUUGGCGGCGUGCUCACCAUGAUAUGGAGUUUCAAAGCCUGGGAUUGAAAAAAUAUGGUAACAUAGGAACUGCUGUUGUUAGAAUACAGCCAGAGUAUUAUUACACCCAGUUCGACGUUAAAGUGCAGUCUGUGAAUGAAGUCGGGUAUGGGCCUGAAUCAAAAAUAGUGACAAUAUACAGUGCAGAAGACAUGCCUCAAGUUGCUCCACAGCAAGUAUCAGCCAGAGCAUUCAACUCCACUGCUCUAAAUGUCAGUUGGGUACCUAUCAAUCAGAGUAGGGAGAUGAUACGUGGAAAGCUCAUUGGACAUAGGUUGAAAUAUUGGAAGGAAAAGAACCGUGAAGAAGAUGCUGUUUAUUACCUUAGCCGUAGCACUCGGCCUUGGGCAAUUGUAGUUGGCCUGGAACCAGACACAUAUUAUUAUGUGAAAGUCAUGGCUUAUAAUUCUGCAGGAGAAGGCCCUGAAAGUGAGAGAUUCUUAGAGCGAACAUACAGGAAAGCUCCUCAAAAGCCUCCAUCGACAGUGCAAGUAUUUGGUGUGAACCCUACAACUGUCAAGGUACUGUGGCGAUAUGUUGCCCCAUCAGCAGAGGAAGAACCAGUCAUUGGUUUUAAGGUCCGUAUUUGGGAGAUUGAUCAAGACAUGAGCACAGCAAAUGACACAAUUGUUUAUGUCGGUUCCAAGCUAGAAGCGUAUGUGGAUAAUUUGUCACCAGGUAAAAUCUAUCACAUGAGGGUCUUGGCAUUUUCAAAUGGAGGUGAUGGUCGAAUGUCUUCUCCGGCAUUGACUUUUCAGAUGGGAAACUUUGUUUCUUAGUGCCUUUGUUACAAGGAUUUGGGGAGAAGUCUUGCUUGGAAGUGAUGAGUCUCUGCUGAAUGGAAGCAAUGUAGUUGCUGUCAAGUCAUCAGUGCUUGUGAUAGUAUUUGGUUUCCUUUUGCUUCUGAAGCCUUUGCAAAUUGUGUAACUAAGCACAAGUUUCUACACCGUAAGUGCCCUUAUAGUCAUACAAAUUAUAGUUCAGAUGUGGAAUCUCAUUAGUGGUUACACUUCCCUUCGAGAACAGUGUUUGAAUUGUUAGAAGGUAUUCAUGCUGAUAUCAGUUGCUGAUUUGGUAUAUCUGCUGGAAUCAGCAUAAACAGUUUCACAGAAUGCCAGUGCCUGUUUGUUACAUCUGGUAAUCUAUUGCCUUUGUUUGGGUUGUAUUUAAAUAUUGGAAAAGAUUAGAUCUACUUUACUGAUCAAUUAUACGCAUUUGUUACUCUCAUGUCGGUAUCCUUAGACUGUUUCUGUAAUGUAUUUAGCUAACAAUUGUUAUCCCAAAUGUUAGUAAUUCUUUAUCAAUUACUGAAUCAAGACUGUAAUAUAUUCAAAAUAUUUUUUGCUUAAAGUGUAAUAUUUUUGCUUAUUUUUUAAUAAAUACCACAUUUUAUAUAAAAAGUCUUUUUCCGUCCACAUCUGUGAUUAUGUUUCCAUAACUAAAGUAUUCUCUCUUCUUGAGUUGCAAUUUUUGUUAUACCAGAAAUUGGGUUGCAAAACUUGUUUCUAAGCAACGAUUCAUUUCUCUGUUUCAUCGUAUGUUGUAUCCUCUCGCCCUCUGCGAACCCCACACUCUUAACUUUGGGGAACAGCAUAUUAUUUCAGUGCAGAGACUCUAUUAGACAAGUAGUUGUGCCCAGUUAUCUAUCUCUAGUAUAACAAAAAUUAUUACUUAAGGUGAGAUAUUUGUAUUUUAUUGUACAUAUCUUGGUGUGUUAAAUUUUAAGGGAAGCAUUAUAAAUGUCUGAAAAGGAUUUAAAAAGAUGUGUGCCUUAGUCAAAUUUGUGUGAUUGUCUCAAACAGAUACUAGGGUUAUUUCUCAUGUGUCACAAAAGUGUGUGAGAGAACUUUGAAAUAUUUUCAAUCCUCCAGUUGUAGUUAGCUAUAUAAAUUCCUUAAAAUUGUACUCAAGUAUGUUAAAGCUAGUGUAUCGUUUUGGAUGGUACCUAACACAAAUGCAUCGCAUGAAAGUAGGGAGUAUUAUUGUAUCAUAAAUUAUGACAGAAUAUGUACCACAAAUGAUGUAAGUAAGUCUGAAAUUUCAAGAUAAUAAUUAUCUAUACAUAUGAUCAAAAGAAGUUUGAUUGUUAGUAUCACAGUAUGUAUUUUUAAUGAAUUUGACAUCCCCUUGGAAUGUACUACCAGCAAUAAAAAGUGGUGAUGACAAUUAAAAUCUCUCUCUCUCUCUCUCUCUCUCUGUCUGUCUGUCUGUCUGUGUGUGUGUGUGUGUGUGUGUGUGUGUGUGUGUGUGUGUGUGGAGGGGGAGCCCCUACAUAUCUGCUUUAAUGGAGGAGAUAUUCUCAUUAGUGUACAUGCUGUGUAUCAUUUGUUAUGCCUAAGAAUAUGUACAUAAAAUGAAGGUAAUCUGUUAAUUCUGUUAUCACUUUACUAUCAGCACACUUUUCUUUGUAUCCCCACUGGCUUCAGGGUUUAUUGUCACCAAAGCUCUCAUGACUUCAUUUACCAAGGUUUAUAGACGUGCUAGUUGAGCAGUUUUUGCUGUAGCGGAGUCACUAUUGCAGCAUUAGCAUGUUUAGUUGCCAUUUUCCACAUCAAGUAUAUAAAUAUUUCUUUUAUAGCUUCAAAAUACUUUCUUCUUUCUGCAGUAUAUUCAUUGACGUCCUAGACAGGUAUCGCCUUUUAUUUCAAAGACAACGUCAGAAUAAGCUACGAACUUUGUUGACUUUUAGCAGGAAUCUCUAAAUUCAGUUUCUCUUGUCAUUAACAUAUGACAAAGAAUGGAGACGCACUUUCUUUAUCUGCUAUGCCAGUUGGGAAACAGUAAAGAAAAGUAUUUUGAUAACACAAGUGUGUACUGUAGACAGGAAUAAGAACAAUGAAAUUUUAUUUUUCUUCUACAGAGAGUAUUAUAUGCACCAAUAUUGGUCUUAUCGGUAUCCGUCCAAACCCGUAUCAGUUACGGGUAAUGGUGAUGGUAUUUUAUAGGAUAUAGUUAAUAGAUAAUGAUGUUUAAUUAUUGUUUAUAUUUGCUGUGCAAUCAGGUGUGUGAAGUGAGGCAGCUCAAACAAUUGUCAUUUUUAAAUUUUUCACGGGAAAUUAAUGUUUGUGCACAGGACAACAGCUUUAACAUUAGACAGUGAUGUCAUUAACUAACAUAAACAAGUGUUUUGUUUGUAUGACAAAAUAGUUUUAUGCAAGCUGUAUAUAGAAGUGUUGGAAACGUAUUACACAAAUGUGUCAGUAUUUUAUUGGACUGUUCAGUAAAUUUUAUAUUCUAAACCAGUAAAACAUACGUUAACUGUCUGUGGUUGGAAUUAUUUUACUGAUAUUCCCUAAAAUGGGAAGGUUUAUUGAUGAUAAAGUAUUUUCAUUUGUUAGAGAUAACUUACCUCCUUAGAUACUCACAUGUUUGCAGCAGUUCUUGUACAGUAUUAUAUGUAAUCAUUUUAAAUUCAAUGCAACAAUUUUGUAUACAACAAAGCUUUAUUAAACGUAUUUUAUAUAAUAAUGAAA